AUGAAGACGCAAUGGGAGCUGGGUGCGCUGGUCACCGCUGCUUGCUUCAGCACUGCGUCGGGAUACACAACAACCACCUUUUCCGAUUGCUACCAAGAAUGGAUCAGUGAUGGAAUGUGCGACUCAUCGAACAACAAUUCCGGCUGCGAAUACGACGGCGGCGACUGCUGCUCAUGUGACUGCUUCGACGACACCUACGAGUGCGGUACUGACGGCUUCACCUGCCUCGAUCCAUCAUCGUCCUGCACCUAUCACCAUUACUAUGACGACGAUGGCGACCUCUACGACAGCCCAACCUACGAUUACGAUGUUGACGACUUCGGAGACGACUCCUUCGAUGACACAACAGACGACAACUCUGUUGACAACUCGGAAGACGACUCCUACGACAGCUCAACCUCCGGCGCCCUUGAUCUUGAAGGCGGCGGGAUCCCCUCCGAUGAUGGCGAUGAUGGAGCUCCGGUAGGCGCUAUCGUCGGUGGAGUAGUCGGCGGAACGGCCUUUUUGGCUGCUGCCGCCGUAUUGGUGUGCUUGUUCGUCACGUGUCGCCUCAAGUGCUCCAAGUGCUGCAGCUCCCCAGGCCCUCCUGCAGCUCCUGCUCCUCCUGCCGGUCACGGCUCAGUCCAAGCGACCACCAAGACGUUUCCUGGGCCUGCGGCCCCUGCUGCUGCCGCUCCCGCUAGUGAUCUUCCUCCUCCUCCGGCGUAUGGCAGCUCUGACCACGGCGCGACGUCGACGGCAACCUCUGCGCCACCUGACACCCAUCCAGUACACCAGUUUCCCCAAAUGAAAUGAGGUUUCUCUCGGGAAUAUCGACGAGACGGGGACAUGAAAGGUGAAAUACAGGUCGAUUGGCAGGCCGCUAACUGUCCGGGAAGGCGGAUCCCCAAUCGAAGAGAGUUGCCAGCGGCCGGGCUCUGCUUGAGCAAAAGAGGCACUGCUACCCUCCGGUGUGUACGUAUGGUUGGAGAGCAUUGUCUCGCUCGACCAAUGGGUGUGGAGAUUUCAAAAUGUUGUUCGUUACGUAGUUCUUGCUCGUAGGAUUGGCACGUUGACCGGCCUGUCGGCCGGUGUUGCUGCAGAGGGAGAUUCCAGGUAGCGCCGCUUUCUACCA